CUGUUGUAUAUAUAGACAGAUAUAUGGAGUCAGGAUGUCAAGACGUACGUUAACACAGAAUAUUCAUGAGCAGUAAACUCGUUUAUUGUUGAGAGAAACUGUGCAUCCUGUGAAAUUUGUUAAGAUAGAAUCAUGCGUCUCCUCUACUUACUCUUGCUAGGCCUCGUAGUGCUCAAUAGGAUCGAAGCUCAAACGAAGCCGAAAAUCUACUAUCUUCAUAUCAAGUCCGAUAUCAGAUAUAGAUUUGCUACGACAGUCGUCACAAGUAAGGUUGUGAACCCUGACCUUAAGUCACAUGAAUCAACAUUUGACGUCACACUUCCCAACGAGGCAUUCAUCAUUAACUUCACCUUAACUGUGGGGACUAAGACGUAUGUCGGUAACGUCACGACAAAGGAGACGGCUCGAGAGGUGUAUUUAAGAGACAAGAGCAAAGGCAAAUCUGCAGCACAUAUCUCCGUGAAGCCGAGGGAAACAAAUACGUUUUAUAUCCAGGUCAACGUCGCUGCAGAACAGAAGGUAACGUUUGAGCUACGUUACCAGGAAUUGCUACAACGGAAAUUGGGUUCCUAUAAUCACGUGGUCUAUGUGAAGCCUGGAGAACCCGUAGCCGAUCUGAGAAUUGAGAUGGACAUUGAGGAAUCAAGAAAAUUAAUUAAGCUGAGAAUCCCACCAAUCGAGAGUGACCUGUUCACCAUAAAAGAUCAAAAAGAUGCCAAUGCAGCUACUACCAUAACACGUCCGUCUGCCAAGCGUGCACACAUAUUGUUUGAGCCCACACUUAAAAUACAGACAGCGCAAGGCGGUCCGAAUGGGCUGGAUUGUCAGUUCAAGGUCAAAUAUGACGUGGAUAGGAAAACUGACGGUGGCGACAUCCUGCUGGUUAACGGAUAUUUUGUGCACUUCUUUGCUCCGAGUGGUAUAAAACCGAAGCCAAAGGAUGUUGUUUUCAUACUUGAUAAAAGUGGAUCUAUGAACGGGCGAAAAUUAGACCAGUUGAAGCAAGCCAUGUCCACUAUUUUGUCCAAGAUACAAUCCAAGGAAAGAGUAAAUAUCUUAACAUUCAGUUCAAGUGUUCACCCAUGGGAGGUUGUUGAAAAACUCAUCCAUGCAACCGCCGCAAAUAUUAAACGUGCAGCCACUUUCGUCAACGAAACGUAUGCAAAUGGAGGUACAAAUAUUGAGGGUGCUAUAGGAAGAGGGGUUGCCUUACUAGACGAACGGAAAGACAAGACAAGAGCACCAGUUCUUAUAUUUCUUACUGAUGGGGAGCCUACGAUCGGCCAGAUCAAUCCAGAAGUAAUACUGAAGAAUGUGAUUAAAUUCAACGAAAACAAAAUUCCCAUUUUCGCUCUUGCCUUUGGUAGAGGUGCCGAUUAUGAUUUCAUUAAAAAAUUGGCUGCUCAAAAUAAUGGCUUUGGUCGCAAAAUCUACGAGGACUUCGAUGCUGCCAAUCAAAUCUCAGACUUUUACUCGGAAAUUUCAGCAAUUCUGUUGCAAAACGUUACUUUUAAAUACCUGCCUGGUUCUGUAGAUGAAAAAACAUUGACAAAAAGGAAGGUUCCGAACAUCUUUGAAGGAUCCGAAGUUGUUGUAGCUGGUAUGAUGGCGGGUGAUGUAAUGUACGAUAUUAAGCCAAAUGUUAUUGCUACCGAUUUAAAUGGAGAGCUCAGUCUUGACGUACCAUCAGAUGGAGUGGUGCGACUCAAAUUUACAACAAAUAAAGACAUUAAUGCUAUAACAGAAAAGAUAUGGGCUUAUCUUAAAAUUAAACAGUGGUUGCAACAGAUGUACGCGUCAACAAGUGAGAUGGUACAAGAAGAAUUAAAACAGAAUAUUACGACAUUGGCGUUAAAGUACAACUUUGUGACUCCAUUUACAUCAAUGGUGGUAUCCUUGCCGGAAAACUUACAUUCGUCGCUCGUUGAUCCUCUAAUGGACAGUCCUGCUAACGAAAGAAUGCAUCCAUCGCAAGACCUUUCACUCUUUCACAACAAUCAAAUGCUGAGCUCCGAUCCAGGCAUGGCCGAUCUAGUUGAUGUCAUAAACAAUGGACCCAUCCUUGCCACCGUGGCACCAGAUGCCGGGUUGUCUCCAAUACCUACUAGUAACAGUGUUACAGGACCAUCCGGGAACUCUAGGGGUGCUUCGUCAUCAGGGACCUUUGCUAGUAAAGUGACAGUUGAUAAGAACAGAACAACGGGCAGCAAGAAAAACUUCAAAUCUAACAUACCGCCGCAUGACAGUACUUCCGGCUAUACACUGGUUGGUGUUAAAGGCAUUGCUUUACCACUGUGUCUGGAAAACCCCAGUAAGGCGGAGGAAACAAAGCGAUACACUCUUUUUCGGGAUUUAGACUCGGGUACAGUUGUAAGCGUUGAGUUUACCGACUCCCCAAAUCGAAUAACACGUAUCACGUACGUCAGAAUUAAUGCUCAGACCGUGACUGAAUUAUUCCCUACACACUUGGUUGAGAAUGGAGUGAGACGAGAUUGGAUUUCUAACACAUUUUACACUUACGUGCAUGGAAGUCAAGGGUCAGGGGUCAAACUCGAGGUGACGUCACUUAGCAACAACAGACUCAUCGUUCACUUUGAUUAUACGGAAAAUUUAUCCGAAAACAUCGACGGAUCUUUAGCCCUUCCUAUAAGAGGUGAAAUUAAAGACAACCAUAACUUUCAAGGAUUUCAAUAUGACCAAAUGAAGGAACUUUCCUUGUUGGCCAAGAAGACAAGGAAAGUGCGCAUGAUGAUACCAGUGACAUUAAGUAGUGUUAUGAACUGCUGGAUCGUCCGGUCAUCUUUAUGUUGGACGUUGCAGCCAACUGUGUGAUUAUAUGAACUUCUCUAUGAGUCUGCUGCUUGUAACCGUUAUGCUGGUUCGUUGUAACGAACCACGCCGGACAGAAUGGACACCGGCAUAUUUCAGUGCAAUUAACGCCAUUUCAAUAAAACAAAUGCUUUGUGGUAUUGAGAACACUUAUAUUACGUUUUUAUUUGUUUGAACGUACCAGUUUAAUAAAAAUGUAAGCUAU